AAUCCCAACUUGGAAAAAUUGCCCUCUCACUACUUCAAUAUUCAAGAGGACUCCAACAUCAGCGGUUGUCCUUCGCCUGGGCCUCGUCUCUCAAAGUUACAAGGCGAGUACAUCGCUCUGCUUCACACCCCACUGCCAGAAGAUUUGCCUCCUAUCAAUAAGGGCAUUUUGAUUCUCAUGGCUGCAUGGGACGGCAAUAUUGAGCGUUACUCUCGCCUCAGACGGCCAAUUACAGUUCCGAAUGAGAUCACGGCCGUUGUUCGCGGUGCCUACCAUCACACACCAUUUUGCGCGAUGGCUCUAAUUAUGCGUUGA